GCAGUAUAUAUUUGAAAUGUAUUUACUAGUGAAACAAAUUAGCAUAAUUCUGCAGAUACUUGACUGUAAAUGAUUUCAACAGUUCCACGAUACAAUUGUGGAGGUAAAUGUACAUUUUAUCCGUGUCUUAUAUUUUUUCUAAACGACCCAAAAGCCGAGUCAAAUAGUGAGACAGACCCCCAACAUUUCUGGGGGUCCAUCAGUAACUUGCUGACCUGCCCCGACUGGACAUCUGUGAAAAAGAGCUUCAUAGCUCAUCGGAUUCUUCCUCCAGUCUGACUAAGGAUUCUAAUUUUGAUCCGUAAAAUGCAUCAGAACAGAGAAGUUUAUCCUUGAGCCGCGCUGUGCACCGUGGGUGGCCCUAGUGGCCCUGUGAUCUCCCCCCACCCACCCACCCAUCGCUGCCCACUCCACAGUGCUGUGUCUGUGUGCAGGCUGCGCCGAUGGACAAAGCGAGGCCCCCAGCCCCGUGGCUUUCCACUGCGUCCCUGAGGCUCUUCACAUUGGCCGUGGCUUGCUCUGUUUUACCCAGCCGUGGGUUUGAAGUGCUCGUGCCAGGAGACGUGUUCGUCACGGCUGGAGCCGUGGCGACCCUGAGCUGCACCUACCGGUGUGAGGCCCAGCAGCAGCAGCAGCUCGUCACGGUGGUGGAGUGGUGGAGAAUCGACCGCCCACAGCGUGACAAGAUACUGACUAUGGACUACUCCAUCGUAGCUCACGACCACCGCGCCCACUGGAUAGGCAACAUCGCGUCCUGCAACGCCUCCAUCUCCCUGCGGGACGCGCUGGUGUCCGACACCGGCGCCUAUCUCUGUGAUGUGCUGCUUCUGCCCAUAUACUCAGAGGGCCAGGCCACCCUACAGCUCCACGUGUCGCCUUAUGAUGUAAAAAACAUAUCCGAUCCAAUCCAGCCUCUGCCCAAGCCCCCGACUACGAUAAUUGUUAUCAUCGUUGUAAUUGUAGUGGUGAUCAUCAUCGUGGUUAUUGCAGCUCGCUACUUGUCAAGGGCAAAACCGGAGGAUCCGGAUAAAAAUCCACACAACCACCACGAGAAGAGAAAACACCACAGACUCCAAAUAUACAAGAGGCAUUCCUUUGCCUCAAAAACUUCCCUUAAAUCGUCCGUGCUCUUUCUAACCAGGUCGCCACAGUCAACGGAUGCCACUGACAGCAGAAACACAGGAAACACGAUGCCCUCAUUUGAUCGGAUUGCUGGUCCGUUCGGUGAGAACGAGCUGCUGAUUGAACACAGUAGGGGAAGGAGAGUCAACCGUGCGCCUUGCGUGAAUUCCAGCGGCGGAUUCACGGUGCACGCCACCUCGCUUCGUACAUGUGGAUGCAAGGAGUGCAAGAGUCUUCUCAAAUACACACGCAAUCGCCAGCAAGAGGACAUGACUUCAGCCGUGCAGGUUGGGGAUGAACACAAUGAAGCUGCUGAUGGAGCGUCUGUUGCUGUGCACAUCCCCCGCGCUAAAUGGACUACGAGGGGGCGCUUUCGGUCCAAACUGCAUUAACCCAGCCCUCAAGUUCCUGCUCUUCAGGCUGAAGAAGCAACGAGGAGGAGGAGGAGGUCUCCCCCGACAGUAGCUGGACCUGCGCCGUGCGAGGGGAGGGCGCGACCUUCACGGGCUUCUCGCUGUUCCCCGCCUGUGCUGGGGCUGAUCUCACCACAGACAAAGAUCCUCCAUAUAACCUCAAUAGACUGUUGGGGCAAGUGCUGUUAGCGAGCAGCUAUAAAGGUCGGCACGGCACACGAGGGGCUGGGCGGCCAGUGUCGCGACCGACCACCUUUGUCUUCCUAGUGGCGAUGUUGAUGCACUGGACCAGGUGCUCAUUUGAGGCCGAAUCCACUUAGGGGUUCAGAGCAUCAUCACAUUGGGUUUGGUGGCCGUGAGUUGGAAUCGAACUCUGGUUGCCGGGUUCCUAGCGUCGCGUACUAACCACGACACCACCACACGCACACACGUACGCGUGGCAGAUGACCGCCGCCUUUGUAAGAUGACAGCUGAUAAGCACCCCAUUUUGUUUACAAGUUAGUGAGUUUCUGGCCAAAUGAACAUCUCCACUUUCAAGUCCUGAAAACACUGCUCGAAAUUCCACAUUCCUAUGACAGGGACGAGUGUCUCUUCACACUCCGCACCUGCGAGUGCCCGCACCUCCACCUAGCACGGUUGGCUACGUACGGUGCAAAAGAAGUUCAACAUACAUACUCACAUGUUCUUUAAUCUACGUGUUAAGAUUCUAGCAGGUCAUUCAAUUCAUCCUUUACAAAUCGGACUGUAAAUAAAACUACACAAUGCUCUAAUAUCUGUAAAACAUUUGUACCAAAUGUGACAUUUCUCUUAAACGAACACCAUUCAAAUCGGCCUUUUUAAAAUCUUAAUUUCAUUUUAUACAGCGGAGUCAUUGAUGCUAAUUGCAUUUCACAACACCGUACAAUAAUUUUAUACAUAAUCACAUUAAGGACUAAAUCCUAUUUGUAACAAUUAAGUAACUGAAAACCCUCAGAAAAUAUGAAUAAUUACUGUUCUCUUUGAUAGUUUGGAUAUUCUAAACCAUUUCCUAAUUUAUUCACACGUUGCCAUACACCCAAAAUUACAUCGAAACCAAUCUGGGUUCCGAAAAAAAUACAGCACCACAUCUGCUGCAUUAGACUCUCUGAAUCACAUUUACAGUAGCCUUGAUAAUAAGCAGUACUGCGCCUGUCUUUGUCUUGACUUGUCCAAAGCCUUUGAUACAGUCGACCACAACACCCUGCUUAGUAAACUAAGUUGCCUCGGUUUCUCCAAACGCAGUGGAAUGGUUAAAAAAUUACCUCUCUUUUUGCACCCAAACUGUAUUCAUAGAUAGUUGGAGGUCAAACAGUAUUAAUAUAACAAAAAGGGUUCCAUCCUCGGCCCCCUCUUGUUCUCUCUUUAUGUCAAUGACUUGGGCACUGACCUGGAUCAUUCCAGGGUAAAUCUGUUUGCAGAUGACACAAUACUGAUUACUGCUGGCCGCUCUCCGGAUGACGUGAUUGCUAGGCUCCAGGGUGAUUUCAACAAACUACAACAUCAGCUAGUUGCUCUUAAACUAGUCCUGAAUACCUCCAAAACCAAGGUGCUAUGCUUCUCACCAGGACUAAAGCAGGAAGUUAUUUCCCCCCAAUUAUAUUCCUUAAAUAAUUAUCAAAUAGAGAAAGUCAAGAUCUAGAAGUAGCUUGCGGUCAUCUUUGAUUCAAAACUGAAUUUUCAAGAUUACAUUGAUUAUAUUGGUAAAAAGACAAAAAUAAAAAUUGUUUUUUUGUAUCGACACUAGCACUGCUUCCCCCCUAUGUUCCGCUUGGAAUUGAUAAAAGCUACCAUACCUCCUCUACUUGAUUACUGUGACAUCGUGUAUAAAUCAGCCCCCAGUACUGUACUGAAGAAGCUUGACUCAUUUAUCACUCAGACUUAAGAUUUGCAUCGAACUGCCCAUAUAGGACCCACCACUGCGAUCUCUACAUUGGGUCAAACUUAACUUCUCUUAAUGAUCGACGGCUUGUGCAUCAGAUCGUAUUUAUUCACGAUGUACUUGCAAACAAAAUCAGCAGACUACCUGCUGGAUCUCCUCGCUGUUUCAAAGAACAAAUGUGACCUAAGGUCCUCGCUCAUUUACCAGCUUCACAUUCCUUAUUGCCGUACAAACACUGUAGGAAGGGCCUUUUCUAUUGAUGCCCCCAGGGUCUGGAAUGCUAUCGCAAUAAACUGCAACUUGGAUCACUACCUGUGAGAUCUUCACUCAAAACUGCUCUAGAGGAGUUGUACACCCCUAGCUGAUAUGCAGAGUGGCCUGAAAUCAAAUGCAUCGCUCCGGAUGUCCGCUGCAAAGUAUGAUCUUUAGUUUUGAUUAUAGUGUGCUGAUGUUUAAAGGUGCAUUGAAAAGUUUUGAUACUGCUCCUGAUACUCCUGCUGUUAUGGAGUGACUUAUGCAGCCAGCUAUGGCUGCAAAGUUUGGUCGUACCUGUUACGCAUAUCGUUUAUUGUUAAAUUUGAAUCACAGUUCCUAUGAUCACUGUUACAUUGUUUUUAUAGCUUUAUUUUGGUGAUUUCGAAAACAUUUUGGUUUAUCCAUGUUUGUUUGUUUGUUGUAGUACAGAGUUAGCCUGAUAACUUUAUAAUCUAAAUUGUCUUAUGGUUGUUAUUGUUUGACUUGCAUCCCACUGGAUUUUUGCACACAGCGUUGAAAUACGGUGUUUUUUCUGGAAGACUUUGCAGUUUUUUCCUGGAUUUUUCUGUUGCGUGUAGUUACUUGAAGAUGUUUCUUGUUAAUAUUUUUGUUUGUUGCGGUUGCAUCCGAGUCAAGAGCCGCAUGGCUCUCAGGGUUAGACCUAAUACAUGAAACUGAAAUGAAACUGAAAAUCCUCACUUCCUAUAUAUAUGCUACUGACGCUUUAUUUCCAAUAUUUCUUGCACCUAACUAUUUCAACAAUUCUGGUGCUUGCUUGUUAUGGAUGUCUACGUUAUUGCAUUAAGGUUUGUGUUUCCACGUUUACUAUGAAUGAUAGGUCUACUUUUUACAUCUCCUGCAAGUGUAAUGAUGUUUAUAAUAAAUUAAUAAUUUGUGGGUCUAUUUGUCAAUCCACUCUUCACACACCACCUCUUGCAAUACGGGGUCUAUGCAACACCAAAUAACCCGCAGCGCUGUACAUCACUGGUUAAUGCGCCUAUUGCAGUAAAGAGUUCAAGCUUAAAGAGGAGACACUUCAAGACAGGGGUGGAGAACGUUUAUUUUUUAGCGUGGGCCGAUGAGGACAUUCAAAUAAAUACCUGUUGGGCAACCACACGCACGCACCUCUGAGUUCUGCACCAGCGAGAGAUCCUUGCG